AUGGUUCUGUUCGAUCAGGUCUACUGUAUCGACUACAAUGGCUGGAUCAGCGGAGCAUCCAAGCUUCCUCCUCCGAAACAGGUGGAUUUUUCAUCUCAAACAAUACCGGAGUUGAUCUAUACGAGAGCUGACAGCGAUCGAGUUGCAGCUGUUUUUGACGCUGAAAAAGUGUCACUCACCUUUUCCAAAGUGGUGACAGAGAUGGAAACUCUUGCUGCUGGCUUACUUUCUAUUGGGCUUGCACCUGGAGAUCGCAUUCUCAUUUGUGGAAGCAAUCACUCGCAGGUCUUCCUGUCCGCUCUCGCCGCCUCCAGAGCCGGUCUCGUCUUCUCUUUGGUAAACCCGAAUUUUGCGGAUGCGGACAGCUUUUAUCGUGCUUUGAAGUUGGGUGAAUUCCGUGCAGUGAUUUGUUUUCGCGCCACUGAAGCUCAGGACUAUCUACACACACUCCUCAAAAAAAUUACACCAGAGCUAUUACGGAGUCACAAAGGUCAACUGAAGAGCGUCAUAUUGCCGAAUCUCACUCACGUCAUCCUCGCUGAGGAAGAGCAUCGCCAUGGCGGAUGCUAUACACUUUCCGAGAUUUUUGGCCGGUCGUCCAAGGACAAAAUAGAAAGAUUGCCGAAUUAUGAGAAUUGGAGCAGUCACAAACUCGCGUGCUUACAGUUCACAAUGGGCACUACUGCCGAACCAAAAUUGGUCGCAAUAUCGCACUUCCAACUUCUCAACGGCGCUCGUGCAGUGGUGACAGCGUUUGGAAUCAAGAAGGACCAAACCCUCGCCUGUGCUCUACCACUUUUCCGCCUGCCUAUAUUCGCACUGGUCUGCCUCUCCCCAUUCCUUACCGAUUCGCGUUCAGUUUUUCCGGAGCCACAACCGCUACCGAGAAAUCUUUUCGCGUCUGUGAAGAAAUACAGAUGUUCCACUCUGCUCACAAACGGUGCUGCUCUACGUCUUCUCCUGAAGAUCAGUGAAACUCAAAAGGUCAAAUUGGAUAGUAUUGAGCAAAUCCUUCUUCUGGGUGAUAGAGUCUCUCAGGAUGCGCUCAAAAGCAUCCAGAAACAAGCGGAUAACGUCAAAAUUAUUGCGGUCGGAUAUAUGCUCACUGAAACCGGUUCAAUUCCCAUAAUGGGAGAUGCCACAACCGAUUUCACAAGGAUGGUCGGCCGAGCCAUAGCUGGAUAUGAGACCCAUCUAGCUCCGUUGACGGGAAAUGGCGAAGUGAAACCUGGACAACUUGGUCUUCUCCAGAUUCGCGUUUACUAUGGUAGCACGUUCAUGGGUUAUGCACCUGAUACUAGCGGCAAGGAAAAAUGGGUGGAUACUGGUGACGUCGCCCGCAAAGACGAAGAGGGAAGCAUUGAAAUUGUCGCUAACAAGGAGGAUUUGAUCUAUGACAAUAAUAACGGACUCGUCGAACAUUGGAAUAUAGAACGACUUCUGAAUCAGAAUGAUCUCAUUAAGGGAGUACAGGUGGUGUCAAUAGGCCGCGGUCAACCGGUAACAGCAGUUUGUGUGCUCAGAAAUUCUCAAACAAAUAUCUCCUAUGCUAUAUCUGAACUUGUGGCGAUGUGCAAGAAACAUAUGUUCCCCGUUCCGGAUCGAUUCGCCUUCGUUCAUGAUUUCCCCCGAAUACAUACGAAGAUUCAAAAGUAUCGAAUUCGUGAAAUGUUGCGAGAAGGAAGAAUUUCUAUUUUUUAA